AGGUAAAGUCCCGAUUAAAAAAGUAAGUCUCGUACAAUCGAUAAAUUAUUUGAAAUAAGUAUGUUAUUGGUCACAAUAUAAAGGACAAGUCACAAUUUUUUGUUCCUCGAGAAGAAGUGAUGCGGCUUAAAAUAUUAUUGGGCAUUGUUGAGGGCCACCUUUUAAACACCUUAGAAACACCUUUUAAAAUUCUAUAUUGAAAUUACGCGCAUUUGCAAGAGCCAAUAAGCUUAUACCUUUGAUUGCGCAUGUCUCAAAUUGGUGCAUUAUUUAUUUUUCCUGGCUCGGAUGUACUUGGUCGCUAGCUUAACACUUUGUACGACAAUGAAGCUAUACGCCGCAUUCGUAAGUAUGCGCAGCUCCGGUCGCUUACACGAAAUCUUAAGCGUGUAUUCGUAAUCGCACAUUUAUAGAUGUAGAAAGGGGUUGGAGACGCGUCCCCUCGUGGCUCGGCAAGCGCCAAAGAGGAUUAGGACUUUAAACGGUUUCGCGACAACGGGGUUUUAGUCGUGUUAGUAGAUAUUUGAGGAAGAGAGCGCGGCGAGAGCAUGAAAAUACGAAAAUAUGAAAAUGUAUUUAGAACGUGCGCACGCGCGUAUAAUAACAGCGCAAUUGGACUUGGACUUCCUCGGUUGUUUGAUUUUUCGAAUGUCGAGCUUUGGUGUCACGUUGAACUUGAAUUUUAAUAAUGUCCCUUUUUCUUUCUUUUUCUUUUUUUACCGAGCCCGGUAUUAUCAAAGAAGCGUGAACGACCGAGCGCGGGAGUUGGUCGGGUGGGGAGGACGAGGGAGGGAUAGACAAAGUGAGUGAGGGAAGGAGGGAGGGAGAAGGAGAGGGUGGGUGGAAGGGAGAGAGAAAAGCUGAAGCGGGCGAGUGUUUUUUCUCGAUUACAAACGGGUUCUCAGUCGGGCGAUCGCAAUAUAAGAGAGAUGACUUGCGAAUUUUCGCCAACACUUUAUCGCCAACACAUACUUUCACUGGCCGCUGUUGCACGCAGCGGGUCGACGAGCUGCAUUCUCUCUCAGUCAGCCUCCAAGCCUCAUCGGGACUAGACACGUCGGGGAGGUCGUCAGCGCUCGUACACACGGACAUUUUGUUUAUAAUUCGCGACAAGUGCAACAAAAAAAAGUUUCAUAUAUUAAUUGCAUAAUAAAUAAUACUUUAUUGAUAAAAAUCAAGGGAAUUGAUACAGCAUUCAGUGUACUUAGGAUUCUUACUUGAUCUUGUUGUUUAUCAGUACAAAACAUGUUUACAUCCUGCAAAAUUGUUGCUCGUAGACUGAAAUUAAAGCCUAGUAGCUUUCAGUCCAUGUGCUUUGGCAAGUACAGCACAACUGUGCUCAAAAGUGCUUAUGGAGAGGUAGAUGUUCCAGAUCAAACGCUUAGUCAAUUCGUCUGGUCAAGUUCAAGUGGUUGGAAAAAUUUACCUGCUCUGACAUGCGGCAUAUCGGGCAGGUCGUACACCUUUGGAGCGAGCGAGAACUUGUGCAAGGUUGGGGCCCAGGCUUUCCUUGCCAACACGGGCCUUAAGCCGGGCGACCGGAUCGGCCUGCUGCUUCCCAAUGUGCCGGAAUACAUGGUCGCGGUUCACGCGGCCCUCCAAGCAGGCCUCAUCGUCACCUUCGCCAACCCCCUGUACACGGUGCCGGAGCUCACACGUCAGUUCCAGAGCGCCAAGGUCAGGUGCAUCAUCACGAUACCCCAAUUGCUCGAGGCGGCCCAGACGGUGUCCAAAACCCUCGCCAAUUACGACUGCACGAUCAACAUCGGGGGCAGCGCCGAGCCCGAGCAAAGGAUCCUGGGAUUGGAGUCUUUGCUGAGUCCAUCCGAGAAUGUAAAACUACCAGAGGUGCGGCCAUCGGACAUCGCCGUUUUAUUAUACAGUUCGGGCACAACAGGUAUCCCUAAGGGUGUAAUGCUGACACACCGCAACCUCGUAACGAACAUCAUCCAGCUGACGGAUCGAGCACUAAUCGAUUAUAGCGACCCGACCGAUGAAUUCCAGGAGACGGUAUUAACGGUGCUGCCCUUCUUUCACAUCUAUGGCUUCAAUACAAUCCUCAAUUACAUGACUUACAUCGGUGCACAUCUCGUCACAAUACCAAAAUUCACCCCUCAGGACUACAUAGCCUGUCUAGAGAAUCACAAGCCCACGGUGCUCUUCGUCGUACCUUCGUUAUUAUUAUUGCUCAUCACGCAUCCCGAGGUCACGCCUCAGCAUCUUUCUAGCGUGAAGAAAAUAUUCUGUGGAGCAGCUCCCAUGAAAAAGGGCUUGAUCGAUCAGUUCUUUAAGAAGAUCGGACGCAACGACUGCACCGUUUCACAAGGAUACGGAAUGACUGAGACGAGUCCUAGCGUAACAAUAACUCCGUACACGAUGCCUUAUUCGAAGAGUGGAAGCUGCGGUAAAUUGUUGCCCUCCACAUUGGCGCGUGUGAUAGACUUGACAGACGGUAAAGAUGUAGGUAUGCCCAACAAAUCUGGUGAGUUGUUAGUAAAAGGUCCACAGAUUAUGAAAGGAUACCUGGAUAAUCCCAAGGCCACUAGUGAAGCGAUCGACAUCGACGGCUGGCUUCACACUGGCGAUGUCGUGUAUUACGAUGAAGACGAAUACUUCUACGUCGUAGAUCGCACAAAGGAAUUGAUUAAAGUUAAAGGAAAUCAAGUAUCGCCGACGGAAUUGGAGUCUCUGAUACUGGAAAUGCAGGGUGUAGCUGACGCCGCCGUGAUUGGAAUACCCGACAAUGUCGCCGGAGAGCUGCCAAAAGCCUACGUAGUGAAGAAACCCGGCUUCGAUAGCGUCACCCCCGAACAGGUGCAAGAAUUCGUCGCAUCGAAGGUGGCGACGUAUAAGAAAUUGGCCGCUGGCGUGACCUUCCUCGAUGCUAUUCCAAGGAAUUCAGCGGGCAAGAUCCUGCGCAACGAGUUGAAGAAUCUGAGUUCUUGAGAGCGAUGCACGUGACAAAGGCUCAUCAGCUUAUUAUGCCUCAUUGGGACAAUGGAUCUCGCGCGAUUAUUAUUAUUAAUUACAAUACAGACAAGUAAAACAUCGGCCAUGACUUGCAACAGAGUAAAAAUACGUUUUUAUAAUGGAGUCUCAUUACGAAUAAACAUUAUUCUAAAAGUAAA